AUGAAGAGACAUUUCCGGCUACCGAGGAUAAAACUUUCUCCCUGCCCAAGUGUAAAUCGGAGGACGUUCGUUUCUCAAGCACAGAGAAGAAGGGCAACAACUGCAGCUGAGGGUUUGGGAUUAAGCUACCCGGUUGUUGAUCAUCAUUAUGACGCAAUCGUCGUUGGAGCAGGAGGCGCAGGCUUGAGAGCUGCUGUUGGACUCGCCGAAUCAGGACUUGAGACUGCAUGUAUCAGCAAGCUAUUUCCCACACGAUCCCAUACGGUAGCAGCUCAAGGAGGAAUAAAUGCUGCUCUGGGGAACAUGACAGAAGACGAUUGGAAAUGGCACAUGUAUGACACAGUCAAAGGCAGCGACUGGCUCGGUGAUCAAGAUGCAAUUCACUACAUGACAAAAGCUGCUCCAACGGCGGUAUACGAGCUCGAAAACUACGGGAUGCCAUUUUCUCGCACGGAGGAAGGAAAAAUCUACCAGCGUCCUCUGGGAGGCCAGUCCCUCAAGUACGGCAAAGGCGGACAGGCAUAUCGUACAGCUUGUGCAGCAGACCGAACAGGUCACGCCAUGCUACAUACGCUAUAUGGCCAAUCGCUGAAAGCAGAAACGAACUUCUUCAUUGAGUAUUUCGCGCUCGAUCUGCUUAUGGUUGAUGGAGCUUGUGUAGGCGUUGUAUGCCUGAGCAUGGAGGACGGUACGAUCCACCGCAUGUUUGCGCGGAAUACCGUUCUUGCGACAGGUGGGUAUGGAAGAGCGUAUUUCAGCUGCACGAGUGCACACACGAGUACUGGCGAUGGCAAUGCGAUGGUCGCACGAGCUGGACUGCCGAAUCAAGAUAUGGAAUUUGUGCAGUUCCAUCCGUCUGGGAUUUACGGCGCCGGGGUUCUAAUCACCGAGGGUGCAAGAGGAGAAGGGGGGUUCUUGCUGAAUGGUGAGGGGGAGAGGUUCAUGGAGCGGUAUGCACCUACGGCUAAGGAUCUUGCCAGUCGGGACGUGGUGAGUCGGAGUAUGAAUAUGGAGAUUCGGGAGGGGAGAGGAUGUGGUGCAGAGAAGGAUCAUAUCUACUUGCAGUUGAGUCAUUUACCGAAGGAGAUGAUUCAUGAGAGGCUACCUGGCAUUGCAGAAACUGCAAAUAUCUUUGCUGGGAUUGACAUCACGAGGGAACCGAUUCCAGUUUUGCCCACGGUACAUUAUUGUAUGGGAGGUGUGCCCACGAACUGGAAAGGUCAAGUCAUCUCUAUCGGUGAAGAUGGGAGCGAGAAGGCUGUCGAGGGAUUAUAUGCUGCCGGUGAAGCAGCUUGUGUUAGCGUCCAUGGUGCGAACAGGUUGGGUGCCAACUCACUGCUUGAUAUUGUGGUGUUUGGGCGAGCUGCAGCAUUGCACAUCGCAGAGAACAACGAAAAGGGUAUGCCGCAUUUGAAAGCACCAGACGACAUCGGGAGAGACUCACUCGCAGACAUGGAGAAGAUUCGUAUGUCAUCCGGUGACAUGCCAAGUUCGAAGCUUCGAAUGGAUAUGCAGAAAGCGAUGCAAACAGACAUUGCGGUCUUCCGUACCGAGGAGUCAUUAUCGACAGGACAUUCGGCUGUGCAGAAGGUUGAAAAGGACUUUGCUGAGCGAUUGAGUGUGUCAGACCGAAGUUUAAUAUGGAACAGUGAUCUAAUCGAGACAUUGGAGAUGAGGAAUCUACUAACCUGUGCGAGCCAAACGGCAAAGAGUGCAUUGAUGAGGAAAGAAAGCAGGGGAAGUCAUGCUAGAGAGGACUUUGGGGAGAGAGAUGACAAGGAGUUCUUGAAGCAUACUUUGAGUUGGCAAAGAGAAGGCGAAGAUGUGAGGAUCGGUUAUCGGGACGUUGUUUUGAAGACUUUAGACGAGAAGGAGUGUCCAAGUGUUCCACCUAAUAAGAGAUCUUAUUAG